AUGAUGUACUUUAUUUCAGAUAGCUGCACAUGGUACAAUGGUGGAUGUGAUGUGAAUGCUGAGUGCACUCAUAGAGACGCUGAUUUUGCGGUGGUAUGCGGUUGUCGUAAGGGUUAUACUAAAGUUGGUACCGAGGAUGUUGUUAAAUGCAAGGAUAGUUGCUAUGAGAAUAAUGGGGAAUGUGGUCCGAAUGCACAGUGUAGUCAUGAAAGUGGUACAUUCGCUGUCGUGUGUAAAUGUCAAGUUGGAUACAUUAACAGUGGAUCGGAUUCGACGUUGAGCUGCAUAGAUAGUUGUAAACGUGAUAAUGGUGGAUGUCAACCUGGAGCAGUGUGUUCUCAUGAUCCUGUAACGUUUGCAGUUGUUUGCGGUUGUCCAGAUGGAUUUGUGAACUCUGGUUGUGGAGCUGACUCUAAAUGCGUUGAUGUUUGCGAAGUAAAAAAUGGUGGAUGCGAUCCGAACGCAGCAUGUUCCCAUGGUGGUUUAAAGAAUGCUGUUGUGUGCACUUGCAAGAAGGGUUAUACACCUGUUGCUUCGGGAUCAGUCACAAUAUGUGUUCAGGCGACGACUACUCUAGCUCCUGGUACUCAAAAGGCUUUUCUGAAAGUCGCACAUAUGAAUUCGAUGAAUCCUGGAUUUCAAACAGGUCAAUGUCCAUCUAGUCCAGAUGGUCGCUAUGGAUGGCAUUUGCUCCUUCAGGGUACAUCAACAUCAUUCGUCUCAAUAUCUUGUUUGUUUAAGUCAGCAGGUGUUGUGACUUCUAUGAUACAAACACCAACUAUCAUUAAUCAUAUUAUUGCGUUUGCUGGCGAUAUUUGGGUUGAUGUUGUAACUCUUUCAAGUGACCGUAUAGUUCUAAAAUAUUUGAUAAAAUGUUUUUUUGAAGAAGAUGCUACUUCACUGGUUAAUUAUAUAACUGCCUAUCAAAUUCUUUUCGCAGCUUGGAAAUUUACACCGAAUAUAAAUAUAUUUAUACAUAUGACAGCAAAUGAUGUUGACAUUGUGGCUAUUCAAUUAUGUAAAACAAUUGAAAAUCUAAAUGUUUUUGGAACAGCUUCAGAAUCAAAACAUUAUAUUAUCAAAAGGAAUGGUGUUGAUAUAAUUCUGGAUCCGUUAAAUGAAGAAUAUAAUAUACGUAGUUACGAUUUACUUGAAGCAUUGGGUAGAAGAAGUAUAUUUUGA